AUGACUAGUGUCAAACCUACUUCCUCGACGUCGCCAGACUCUAACAGUUCUAUCCAAGCUCGGCUUGCCACUCUCUUUCCGACAAUUGGUUCGAACCGAGCUAGUGGGAAAAGCACUAGUAGAAGGCCAGCAAGGUCAAAGCAGACCAUUAAGGCGACCAAAGGCCGCCCAUCCAAGACACUUGUUUACAAGGAUCUAGUCCUUAUUCCCAGUCCCAAGAUCAACAAAGUACCUACACACACAACCCGACUUCAGUUAGAAGAGAGAGAACUUGUCUGCCACGAGUUUCCCUUUGACAAGAGCUGGGACGCACAUUCCCUCAAAGCUGCUAUAUUGAAUCGAUUUCCAAAGCUUUUGCUAUUUGAGUAUGUCAAGUUGCUGGCCGAAGGCAUAACUCUGGAUGCAGAAAGAGUGACCAGGAUGGCUGGUCAAGGAGCUGUUUAUGUUAGAUUAAUGGUCCCUUUGGAAUCAGAAGACAAGGGUGAAACCGAAGAGGAGCUAGAGAAUUCAUUAUUAGAUGACAGUCCAAGUGUUAAUGGAGCACAAAGAAGCUCUGUGUUCCUUUCAUUUGGGGAGAGUGAUGGGAGGCCAGAUGCAGCUGUGGUGCCCCAUCCCUGCCCAACCUUAUUGUGUACCAUUUCCAACUGGAGCAGAAACAUCAAAUCAAAAUACAGAGUUAAAUGAUAUAGAGACAGGCAGCGACUCUAAUAUUGUUGAUGUAUCUGAGCAUGUACCUGUGUCUGUAUCAGUACCUGUAUCUCAACUGCCACCAAAACGUAUCAUCCAAGUGCACAGACUAAAUAUUAAGAAGGAUUUGAUUGACUUAUUCCGAGAUCCAUUAAUUAUGAGUCAGGACAUAGAGAUAAUUGUUAUUGAUGCUGUGGGAGUUGAAGAAGUGGGCAGAGGUGUUGGGUUGCUUAGAGAUGUUUUCUCUCUUUUUUGGAAAGAAACAUACGAUUCCCUUUUUGUUGGAGAAAAUGAGCGCGUACCAUUUGUAAGACAUGACUAUCAAAGGGAUGAAUGGGUUGCUGUUGGCAGAAUUUUGGUGAAAGGACAUUUAACCUGUCAAUACCUACCAGUCCUUCUGUCUCAAACGUUCCUUGCUUGUCUCUUUUGGGGGGAGUCUGCAGUAACUAGUGCUAUGCUGACUCAAUCCUUUAGAAAUUACAUUUCAGUAGAUGAAAAAUGUUUGAUUGACAAGUGCCUCGCUGGUGACAUGAAGUGGGAUGAUGAAGAUGAAAUGUCCCAGCUUUUAGAAGUUUUUAGUAACUAUGACUGUCGAAUUAUGGUAAAUUCCGAGAAUGUUAGUCAAGUUAUUGAAGAAAUAGCCCAUAAGGAGCUGCUGCAGAAGCCACAGUAUAUUACAGACUGCUGGAAGGAUAUAGUUUCUACACUUCUUCCUAGUUUUCCUGAUUUUGCAGCAAUUUCCAAAAGGUAUGAAUUGUUAAUACCAUCCACAAGCAAAAUCCUUAGUUGCCUAGAGGCAAACCCUGAGAGUGAUGGGGAAAGGGAUAGCCUUAAGUUUCUCAAACGGUAUAUUAAGGGCCUUGACACGCCUCAGAAAUUAUCAAAGUUUGUAAGGUUCAUCAGUGGGUCUGAGUUAAUGCUUUUUGAUACAAUCCAAGUAAAUUUUACCAACUUAUCUGGUUUGGGUCGCCGACCAAUUGCCCACACUUGUAAUACUGUAUUGGAGCUAUCCUCGACUUAUCAGUCAUUUCCUGAACUUAGAGAGGAGUUCAGUGCAAUACUUGCAUCAGAUUAUUGGGAAAUGGAUAUUGUGUAAUAUGCCUUGUGACUUAAAGAAGACCAUUGUGAUGGCAAAUGCAAGCUGAUUUAAAACAGACUGAUAAUAUCAUUUUUGUAGUGAAAUUGUGUUUUCUGCCUUGGAUAGGUAUUUUCGGUUUUAAAACAUUUAACAACUGUGCACAAAUUAUUUUCAGGUAAAUCAUACUGGGAAAUUGUUAGCUAAUGGCUGAUUGUAGUAUCAAGCUUGUUAUCUGUUCAAGUUGACAUUUUCAAGUGAGCGCAGCUGUUUAGAACUAUUUUGUUGAGAUUCUUAUGUAUUUUUUUUCCUUACUGUUGUAAAGGUUAAGUUGCAUUAAUUUUGUUGUACUAUUCUGAUCGAUACAAUUUAAAGGCAAAUAAUAAACUUCACACUGUUUGCGUUUUCAA